ACCCCUUGUAUAUAGUUAGUAAGUUAGGUUAAGUUUUCUGCAAAAAAUGUAAAUGUGUACAGUGUAAUUGUUUCAUAAAUCCCUAUCCAGAAAAGUCUCAGUUGGGUACUAAUGCUUAAACAUUGAAAAUGAGAAAGCGAAUUACUACACAGAAUGAAUCUUCAAUAAAUGAAUCUUUAUUUAAGGAAUAUGAUAGUAGUGACAAGUACAAAAUUGGGGCGCAUAAAAUGCCAUGGAGUUUUGGAAUUAUAUUCAUACUUGUCGCUUUUGCCUUAUUUGGUUUAGUUUACAUUCAAGACGGAAGGUUACCAACACCGUUGACUCUUCAUGAUGAAAAAAACAAUCCUGAUUCAUUCAUAACAGACAGAGCAAAACACGACUUAAAAUUACUAACAAGUUUGGGGUCACGCGUAACUGGUAGCUACGAAAAUGAAGCAUUGGCAGUAAGCUUUUUCCAACGAGAACUCGCUUUCAUUCAACAGCAAGCACAUCGUAAUCAAAAAAUUGAGGUAGAUGUUCAGAAAGUAUCCGGUGCCUUUUUCAUGGACUUUCAACCGCACGGUGCGAUUAGUACAUAUUCACAAAUUCAGAAUAUUGUUGUGAAACUACACGGAAGCAAUGAUGAGAAACAACAACGCAGCUUGUUACUAAAUUCUCAUUUUGACACAGUUCCAACCAGCCCUGGUGGAACUGACGAUGGAAUUAAUUGUGUUGUGAUGCUGGAGAUUUUGCGAAAGAUCUCUCGUUCACCAUAUCGAUUAGGUCACAAUGUGAUUUUUCUAUUUAACGGUGCCGAAGAAACCGGAUUAAGGGGAGCGCACGGUUUUAUCACUCGGCAUAAAUGGGCGAAAGAAAUUAGAGCCCUUAUUAAUUUGGAGGGGGCUGGAGCGGGAGGUAAGGAACUAUUAUUUCAAACCGGUAUACCUUGGAUGAUUGAUUAUUACAAAUAUGUACCACAUCCAACGGGGCUGGUACUGUCGGAGGAAAUAUUUCAAAGCGGACAGAUUCCGUCCGACACAGACUUUAGGAUUUUUCGUGAUUAUGGAAAUGUAUCAGGGAUGGACUUUGCGUUUGUCGAAAAUGGCUAUAGGUACCAUACUAAGUAUGACAAUUUUGAAAGUAUACCGGACGGUUCCUAUCAGCAUGUGGGCGAUAAUAUAUUAAUGCUAACUAAACUAAUUGGGAAUGCCACCGAAAUGGGGGAUUCCCAGAAAUCUGCGCUCAAGACUGUGUUUUUUAACUUUUUGGGAUUUUUUAUUGUUUAUGAUGAAAAUCUGGCCACUUACAUCAAUAUUUCCGUAUCACUACUUUCAUUCUUGGUUACUCUGUGCAGUUUCCGUAAAUUUGGAUUAGGGUUUACUCGUCAAUCGGCUGUGCAUGUAGGUUUAACAGCUGUGUCGUUUGUAGCAGGUUGGAUUUUAUCUGGAAUUUUCGUAUUUUGCACUGCUUUCUCUCUGGAUUUAUUUAAAUCGGCUCUGAGUUGGUACGGCACCCAAUGGCUUCUGCUUGGUCUUUACACUGUACCAAGCAUCGCAUGCUGUUGCAUCAGCAACAUUCUACUCAACAACUACAACGAAAAAAUGAACUUGAAUGUUAACCUUCAAUCGCUCUUACAAAUUCACGUUGUUAAUUUACUGUGGACUUCUCUUUUAUUAGUUGGAACAUUUUUGAAAAUCCGAAGUGUAUAUCUCAUCAUGCUGCCUGUUUUAUUCCAAACGGCUUCGUGUAUAGUGGUUCAGUUGUUACAGCUACAGCAUUCUGUUAAAACAUGGCAACUGGUAUACGUAAUGACCCUAGUCAUUCCAACUGUCUUUUUAAUGCAGGUAUUUGGGCUGUCGGCGCGAAUUUUAAUUCCAAUGUGUGGACGGAUUGGUCCCGAACGAAAUCCUGAACUUAUAAUGGGCACCUUUACACUGCUUACUACAGUCUUACUUUCAUCAUUCUAUAUACCGUUAAUGACGUUAGUUCAGAAGCCGUGGAAUGUGGUCAAAAUUUUGUUUGUUGUGUUUAUUAUAUUCUUUAUAAGUGCGCUUACGCCUAUUGCAUUUCCGUACAGCGGUAAUCCAGAGGCACCAACGCCACAACGAUAUUGGACUUUUCACACAAGUCGAACGUUUCGAAAUGACACCAACCAUGUUCAUAAGAAGAAUGCGGGAUUCUUUGUGAUGAAUUGGGAUCGGAACGCACCUCGCAGCGUUCAAAAUUUGGUAAAGGAUUUUAAGAACGCAAAGCCGAUUACUGACGAUUGCGAUACCAAUCUUCUUUGUGGACUGCCGCUGAUGUCCAGCAGGAUUAUAUCAAUUAUCCAAGACAGCACAUGGAUACCAGCAGGCCAACCAAUCGUGCAUGAACAGAUCAAUUUUAAAAUGCUUGCAAAGACGCAGAUAUCGCCUACUGUAGUGCAGUUUAAUUUUUCUGUUGCAGGUCCGUCUCGUAUGCACAUUGCCAUUUCCCCAAGAUCAAAUGCCACAUUGUUGAAAACUAAUCUUGUACCCGAAAUUCCGAAACCGUUAAUCUGGAACAAACGUUCGAUAUAUCUUAUUUUGCAUGCAUGGGGACUAGAGAUGGAUCCUUUGUUCAUCUCAUUAAACUUUCAAGUGUCCCCUGAAUGGAAAGGACCCACCUUUGAUAUUUCCAUAAGCGGGAAAUGUGUACAUGACCGUACAAAUUUAAAAACGCCGCAGUAUGUGCAAUUUCUAAAUAGCUUUCCAAAAUGGGCGGAUGUUGUGCCACAUUUAGCAACGUAUGAUACUUGGGUUUACUAAUAACUAAUGUUGAAUAACAAAAGUGUACCUUCAACUUUGUAUUUUGAUAUAUGCAUAUGCCAAAGAAUUAUAUUUUGUAAUUCAG